GAACAAUGAUUUGGCUCAUGAUUGGUUGACCCGUAGAGUGUGACUUUACCUGUCUAUAUAUUAAACCUCUUGCGAGCUGUAUUAAAACACACACCUUGGUAUAAAGACAUGUUACGAAUUUGGAAUUUAUAAAUACCAUAACUAGAAGAUGCCGUUCUUAAAACCAUUUCUCUCACUCCUUAAGAAACCCAUUUUAGAGGAAGAUCUUAGGAUAGGAGAUAUAAUACUCUUUGAUCGAUUAAAAGGACUAUACAGACACUGUGCCAUUUAUGCUGGCAAUGGCUAUGUCAUUCAUUUUAACGUCAAUCCAGUAAAAGGCUUUUGGGAUAACAUAGUAGGAUAUUUUAAAGGGCAGACGGAAAUAAGACUCGACCGACUCGCCGACGUUGCUGGAGGGUCGCCUGUGUAUUUAGUUGAGCAAGAACCAGAACAGUAUGAAGAGAAUGUGAAGAAUGUAGUGCGGGCAUUAAAACGAGUAGGCGAGAGGUCAUACGAUUUGCUCAGUCACAAUUGCCACCAUUUGUGCCAGGAAAUAACAGGAAAUAAAAAGAUUCCAUCAGAAAGAUAUUUGAUGAAAAGAGUUCGUUUGGAGGAAAGUUACUGGGAUACCAUCGUGAAGCCAAACAACACUCUCACAACCAUUCGGUCGGUUCUUGAAGAUCAAUCACACAUAAGCUUGGGUCCUACCACAGACAGGAAAAUGCCGACUACUUCAAUAUCUCAUGGAAAUGGCUCACUUUGCGAAAUAAAAGAUGAGUUUCUGUUGUUACUAUGUUCCUCCAAGUACACUAACAAUCCGACUACUUUUAUAUGUCAUGGAAAUGGCUCACUUUGCGAAAAAAAAGAUGAGUUUCUGGAGUUACUGUGUUCGUCCAAAUACACUAACAAUCCGACUACUUCAAUAUCUCAUGGAAAGGGCUCACUUUGCGAAAUAAAAGAUGAGUUUCUGUUGUUACUUUGUUCCUCCAAGCACACUAACACUCCGGCGUUUUCCCUAGUUCUUGAAAAUGACUCGCUUUACAAAGGAACAGACAAAUAUCUGAUGUCACUGUGUUCCUCCGAAUACACUGACAAUCCGGCGUUUUCCCUAUUUCAUGGAAAUGACUCGCUUUACAAAGGAACAGAAAGAACAGACAAAUAUCUGAUGUCACUGUGUUCCUCCGAAUACACUGACAAUCCGACAUUCUCUAUACCUCAUGAAAAUGGCUCGCUGUGCGAAAGCACAGAGAAUAUUCUGGCGUUUCUCUUGGCGUCCUUAAACAUUAGCGAUCUUUCAACAGAUCCGAACAGUCACGAAAUUUGUAAAACUAAUGGAGAUGACGUCACACGCAUGCAGACAAACUCUAACCUUAUGUGUAAUGCUACACUGCCAGAACAAAAUAAACAGACAGGCAUAGUUUUCUAUAUAUGGGCGGCAUUUUGCAUCUUGCUACUUGCAAUUUUUCCAGUUCUCCUUAUUAUUUGCUUAAUAGCAAAGGUCAGGGAAAAGGGUCAGACACCACCGACUUACUGUUAUAUGGGGACAUGUCUUUUUAUUUUGUUUUUACUAGUUUUAACGUUGCACCUAUACAGUCAUUGGUCAAAUGACAACUUUCCAGUUUUCGAUGGUAGAGGAAUGCCUAAUUUCCAUGAGCCAGACAGAUGGCUAAUUCUUGUGUGUCGUGGGAACGGAGUUAAAUGCAUGGCAUAUGUGUACACUCCGUGUUGAGAUGCUUAUGUUGUUCAUCAGCAUAAUGUAAACGCGCGCAAAGACAUUACUUGAAAUAUGAUAAUACAAACUGCAUUAAUAUGAGAUGGAAUUUGGACUUAUACAGUACAGUUACUAUUGUAUUUGAUUUAAGAAGGAAAUAAUUGACGAUCUAAUGGCAUUGAUAAAUUUUUUAAUUGGUUGUUUAGAUCAAUUCUUUUAAUAUUUAGAUAAUAGAUCCCUAAUGACAUUUGGCAAGUAUGUAAUUGCCUAUUUCUUCUUCAGUAUUCUUUGACCAUUAGUGUAGCUCAGACCAACAAAAAAUGCUUUCCGUUAGUUUAUUGACAGUGUCUCUUAGCAUCUGUAAUCAUUAUCUCGCGCCAACAUUACCAGCCGAACCCCAACCCGCAUUAUUCCGCCCCAUCCUUUAUUUAUUAGUGUUAAUUACUUCUCUAAGUAUCGUUUCAACUAUCCCAUCCUCCUUUUAUAUGCCCCCCCCCCACCCCCUCAACCCCCUAACUUCUUUUAUUUUUUUAUUUUUACUUUGAUGCAUUUUAUAAUUUCACUGUUAUUAGUUUCCCAGUGCUUUGUCUCACCCAACCAACACCCACACAGCAAACAUAACAACAUUGCAACACUAAAAUAACAUCCAUUCAGGCUGUGCUCUUGUUAAUCUUCUCAUCUUUUGUGGCAAGCUCCGUUUUCUGCUGACAACUCUUGUUUAAAUAGUCUCGAGCUUUGAUAAGUGGGGACUCGAAAUGAAUAUUCUAGGUAAAUAGAUUUACUCUUUUAACGAAAAGUGUUCACAAACAGAUGGUUCCGUUUGAUAUAAAAAGAUGAAAAUACUAUUUCUUUUUAGAACUAUAGGAUGCACUAUCACCACAUUUGGUGUGUUACAUCCAUUGACAUAUUGUUAUCAAGUUUGUUUAAAUGGCCUGAUUGGUACUAUUUAGAGGCAGUCAGAAUUAAAAAAUACCCUUUGUAAACGUUUAAAUGAGGAUUUCUCAUUAGCCAUUUAAUGGAUCGUCACCAAACUGCGUCCGAAGCAUCCAUGGACCAACCGUUCGCGUAUUUUAAAAAAUCGACGGCUUGAAUGCACAAAGGGGCGCCAUAGCUUGAAAAAGAAAUACGGUUUAAAUAAAUGCUCGCGUUAGAAAGGCUCAUCAAACAUGGCCAAAAGCAAAGGCUAAGCCAGUAAAAAUACUUAGGAACUUCAUUUUCCCAUUUCAUUUUUGGUCAUACAGUAUUUAUAUAGAACAUAAUUAUUUUUACUGCGUGUAUGCCCAUUGUAAAGAAUAUGCCAUAAAGACACAUAAAAUCAUAAUAUUGGCGUAGUCGAAACUCACAGGCUACUCUAUAUUUGGUUAGUAUUCAUAUAGCACUUAUGUACAAAAUGUUUUUAUUGUAUGAUUUCGUUUACUUUCGUCGUGUUCUUUAUAAGCUUUUAAAAAUUCUAUGAUAUUAUAAUUUGAUAAUUCAUAAUUUAUUUAUAUAUAAAAAUAUAUGUUUUUCAAACAUGCUUAUAUUUUUGUAUAAACUAACAUGACAAACAAAGGAGCUGUACAGUUUACACAAAUACAUAAGAUUGUCUGUCUGUUGUGUCUAUCUGUUUGUCUGUCGUACGUUUUGUCAGUGUUAUUUUGAUUCCGACUAUAAUAUGACUAACCAUUAACUUAAAUCACAGCCUUCAGUAUGCAAUUUGUUGCUCAAAGAAACAUAAAUUAAACAUAAUGCCUCGUCUAUAUAUAGUAAUGUUAUUACAAUGAAUUUAUCUGCUUUUUCUAAUGUAAUGAUAAUACAUGCCUUCUAUGUUACAUCUGAGAGUGCUUGAGUGCUUUACGUUUACCAAAGGAAAUUCUGAUCCACUGAAUAGGCUGAAAUUUAGAUAUUAUGUUACGUAUACCACACGUCAGAUAUAAACAAGAAAACUAUUUUCAAUAUUGACUUAACACCAACACAUGUAGCUCAUUGUUCCUUUCCUGGUGUCACAUGUGUGCAUUAGAUAAAUACCAGGUAGGAUUUUUAUUUUAUGUCAUUGUUUGACGUCUAACAUUACAUUUACACCAUUUACACGAAAAUAACAUUUCAUUGUUCACUCCAGUUGUACGCAAUAAAAAGAUAAUAAUAUACUUUCUUUGCAGUAAAAUGACACAUAAUAAAUCAUCGCUUGCCAGAAACUGUUCAGGUUUUCCAACACGGAGGUCUAUUUUACUUUUUUACUUUCACGAUCAUAUAUUACUCCAAUAUGAUACAAAAUCUAGUUAUUUUGAAAAAGUCUAAAGACUUGCAACAAUCAUUUAUAUGGGUAUAUAGGUGAAAGUAAGGAGGUUUUGCCGAUUUAUGGUCUACAAUACAGCUUCAUUUAAUAUUUUCUGAUACAUGCCAAGAUAAAGAAAUCGAUUUUACUACCUUAUAAUAAUUCAAAAAUACCUGUAAUUUUUGAAGUGAGAAAAAAAUAAUACCAUAAGAAAAUAAUAAUGAUUUUAAAUGAUAAUUAUUGGCUUUUCCGUCAUUAAGGGGACGCAUAUUGCUACAUUCACAGUUCAUACAGA